GCAACGGACGCUUGAGAGCGGUGCACCGCGUGCCGCCGGAAGUACUUUCCUGGGCGGAAGCUUCUGAGCGCGAUAUAGCGGAAGUGCCUUCGAAUUAGCUCUCUUUGGCCUCGGUGGCAGAAGCGAGAUGACGAAGGGAACGUCCUCGUUUGGAAAGCGUCGGAAUAAGACGCACACGUUGUGCCGCCGCUGUGGCUCUAAGGCCUACCACCUUCAGAAGUCGACCUGUGGUAAAUGUGGCUACCCUGCCAAGAGGAAGAGGAAGUAUAACUGGAGUGCUAAAGCUAAAAGACGAAAUACCACCGGGACUGGUCGAAUGAGGCACCUAAAAAUUGUAUACCGCAGAUUCAGGCAUGGAUUCCGUGAAGGAACAACACCCAAACCCAAGAGGGCAGCUGUUGCAGCAUCCAGUUCAUCUUAAGGAUUUCAAUUAUUAGUCACGCAAUAAAUGUUCUGGCUCUGAAAAACUGUCUGGUGUGCUAAGGUAUUUUUAAUAGGCUUGUAUCGAUGAUUUGUAUAGGUUUGUGAAUGGGACAGCUUAAAAUCAGAUUUACUUGUUAAGUGGCUGUUUUGGAACAGUAACUUUUGAACUGGGUUGUGAUACUGCUUAAGAGGACAAGGAACAAGCAGAAUUCCAGGAUUCCUUCAAGCAGACAACACUGGCAUAUGAUGUGAAGAAUAUAGUGAAUUUACAUGGUACAAUUCUUAGUACAACACAUGGAUAUUUAAAAUGUUAGAGUGAGUGAAAGAGCAUAACUUCAUUUCUUUUAGGAACAUCUAUGGUCUUUGGGGAGUGGUUAUCAGUCGUUACGAUAGGCUUUGGAGUACCGGUGAGAACGUGAAGGUUAGGAGUUAAAUGAACUCUAUUUUAGAAAGGUGAUUUUUUUCUUUUUUCUUAAAAUGUUUACUGGAGUAUAGUUGGUUUACAAUAUUGCGUUAGUUUCUGGUGUAUAGCAAAGUGAUGCAGCUAUACAUACACUUUUUCAGAUUUUUGGAAAGGUGAUCUUAACUGUUGCUUGGCACCUAGGUUAUAGGCUGUGCAUGCCAUUUAAGGUGGUCAGCUAAGUGAAAAACCAAAGCAACCUGCUCAGUGUGAGUCAACAACAAAAUAUGGAAGAAAGUUUGUAGGGCCACGGGCAAAUACGGUGGAUUGAGUAGAAUGUAAAGGAAGGCCAAGUAUAAACUUAUAUUUGUAGGCUAAAGGCAAUGAUAAAUAGAUCCCUGGAAUUAUUUUAACCCUUAGCUGGGUGAUCAUUGAUUUUCGGUGCUCUGAAUUUUUUUGCCUUGCUUUCCCAGUUCUAGUGUUACUGCCAUUUGAAGUGAAGACAAGGCUGACUUUGUUGGACUGCUGAAUGAGAGAGUAGAACAUUAAUUAAACAGCAUAAGUGUUGGAACAACUGGCAUAAAAUAGCAGUGUGGCCAAGCUGUGCUCUCCUACCUUUUAGCUUCCCAUUGUAUUAAGUAUAACGUCCUUAACCUGACCUUGAAGGGGUCUUCAUGAUCAUCACUGCCUCAACAAUCUUACCUUUAGAAUGCAUUCCCAAAAUUCUAGCUAAUUCCUUUCCUCCCGCUUUUUUCCUAACUCAUCCUUCAGGUCUUAGCUUACAUUUAACUUCUACAGAAGCCACUGCUGAUCUAAAUCUACAUUGGGCUUCCUCCCAAUAUGUGAGACUCAACAUAAUGACUCGGUACUCUGUACUUUAGGGAUGCAUAAUUGAGAGCAUGGUUCCUGGAUCCAGCUGACAUGUGAUUUUACUGCUGUGCCUGUGCCGCAGUUGUAAGCUGGAGGUCUUAACAUUAUGGGCUUCCGAGUUCAGUGAGUGAAGGUGCUUCUACAGUGGCUGCGGCCUAAAGUUGGUAUAGUAGGUUCAAGUUUAUGAAAUUGCUUUUGACCUACAAAAAUAGUGGUUUUAAUAUAUUUUGGCUUCAGAGUACUGAAAUAAUCUAACUUGGUGUUAAGAUCUUUCUGAAAUCUUCCAGUGUUAACUAAUGGUUGACUCCUGAGUGAUGGAGAGGCCCAUUAAGAUAGGUAAUGCCCAGGAUGGAAUAAAUAUUAGGCCUUGAGGUGAAUGGGCACUGACCUGAAGACGUGGAAUUUCUAAAUCCUGGGCCAGAAAACAAUUGGCACAAAGGGGUUGUGAGAGAGGUGGGCAGUGAUGCAUUAAGAAAGGCCUGUGUAUUUGAGGGUAAGGGGAGCUUAUCUCUUGUUUGCCAGUGCCUGUGACCGUUGACAGACAGGUUGGGUUUCAGUGGGAGAUUGUCUGAUGCAAUGGUAAGUAUCUCCAUAGAUCGUAGGUGGCUCACAGACCAAUUGAGGCUGCUCCAAUCACAGGUAAAAUUAAUUUUAAGGCUCAGGGAGCAGCAGUGGGAGGGAGACGGAGCUGGGUUAACACAUUCAGUAUAGAAUGCAAUCAGGUGGAUUCAGUUCAUUGAAUACUAGUUUGCAGGAAGUUCACAUCUGACGUAUCUCAUGUCCUGAGGGUCAGAGUUGGUUUGGACAGUGGGCCUCAAUCUGACAAAAGAUGCCUAGGGCCAAUGCCACAACUAAGGAAUUUGUGUUUCUUGGGCAGAGGAUACUCAGGACCAGAUGGGUGUCACCAAAGGGUAUCUGAAGUGAGACCCAGGAACAUGUCUUAAUGUUUUGUGUGUUUACUUGGCCUUUCAAUCACAGAUACUGUGGUUUGUCAGGUCUAGAGAAGGUGAGGGGGUUGGUAAGAAUCUAGAGGGGUGAGGAUCAGAUGUGGAAGGUCUUGAGUAUUAUACUAAGGAGUUUGGACUUUAGCUUGGAGCAAUGAUAAAUCAUUGGAAGGUUUUAAGCACACACAAUGGCAUGAUUAGUUAUCAUUAGCAAGAUUAAUAUGGUGAUGGGAGGUGAUGGUAUGGAUGUGAUACGUUUUGAAGCUGGAAAAGCAGGCAACAGGUUCUUAAAUAGUCUGAAAAUCGUGAGGUUGUGGACUAAGGUAGCAGUGGGGCUGGCUGUAGGGGGGAUGUCUCUACUGAGAACAUGUAAAACUUGAAUCAAAGGGAGUAGCUUCCAAGCCCCCUCUUCUGUAUCAGGCUGUGUGAGGCUUCCAUGAGAUCACAUGUAUAAAAAUAUAGCGGGACUUCCCUGGUGGUCGAGUCGUUAAGACUCCAUGCUCUCAAUUCAGGGGGACUGGGUUCAAUCCCUGGUCAGGGAACUAAGAUCCCACAUACUGCAACUAAGCCCGCGAGCCGCACCGGAGACCCAGAGCAGUCAAAAAUGAAUAAAAAAAUAAUAAUAACUUAAAAAACAGCAUUGUGUCUAGUGCGGUAGGCCUCAGAAAUAUUGGAGGUAGGAGUCUUGGAUGUUUUGGACUAGGGGGCAAGGAGGUGGUGCAUUCACUGGGAGGGAAUAUAGGGUGGAGGCAACAAGGGGGAAAAUUAGAGUUAGGUUUUGUUGCCUGUGCGAUACCAAGAGGAAGUACAUGGGAAGACGUGAGUAAGCCUGGUGGCCGUUGAAGUGUAAAGCCUGGGCUAGAGGUCUGCAUUUGGAAGUAAUGAACAGAGAGUUGUGAAAGGGAACUGAUUUUAGGGGUUAAAAUGGUGAAGGUAAUUUAAAUGGAGGUAUGAGGUGAUGGUGAGACCUGGUAGGCAUUUGGAAAUGAUGAGAAAAAAAGGACUUCCUUUUUUCUUUUUCUCUCUUUUUUUAAGGACUCAGUUUCUUGACUGAUGAACUUCAGUAAACCAUCCUUGACUCAGUAAUGGUUGAAACCAUUUGAAAAUACAGAUACUUAGAAAGAAAAGACAAUUUGGAGAGGCUCAAGGAAAGAUUUGGGGAGAUGUCCAUAGGAGACACGAGGGGAGAGAGUGGUUCAUUAAUUUGUUCAACAUAAUACAUAUGAUGAUGCUACUAUGUGCUAGGCAAUGUUAGAGAUACAGUGGGAGCAACAACUGACAUGGUUGAAGUUGACAGUUGACUCUAGUGGUUGCAGAAGUAGCCCAGGAAGUAGGAUAGGGUUGAAACCAAGUAUUGUAUGUGGCUGAAGCCAAGGAGGAAAAGAUUUUAAAAUUAAAAAAACCUUCCAGGAUUUGCAAAAUUUAGGUUAGUGUUUACUUCCAUAAACUUUGUUUCAAUAGAGCAGCAAGAACAAAGCCAACUUGCUAGAGGUUCAGGGGAGAUUGGGCAAGGAAAAACUGAGAGUUUAAAAUUAAAUAUACUUCUGGAAGAACCUAGAUGUUCUAUGAUUCCCUUUCAUUUCUGUUGAUACAGUGCCACUUAUGAACCAGAUCUAGUGACCUCUAUGUGCCAGAAGCAGGUCUAGGCCAAGGAGAUACAAGUGGAAAACAAGGCAGACAAGGGUCCUUGUCUGACAAAGAUUUCAAUAGCAUGUGUGUGUGUGUUGGGGGUUGACAGACCUAGAACAGGUAAGCAAUUUCGGGUAGUGAUAAGUGCUGUGAAGACAAAGAUAUAAAGAGUGUGAUAGAGUGGGAGUGGAGGAACCUUUAGAAAGGUGGUUAAGCAAGUUAAAUUAUGGGAAUUCUGUGGCGGUCCAGUGGUUAGGACUCUUCACUGCUGAGGGCCCGGGUUCAAUCCUUGGUCAGGGAACUAAGAUCCCAACCCUAACUUUUACCAAGUUAAAUGAUAAGGAGCUUUCUCUUUCUUAUUCGUACUACAUAUGGAUUGUAUUUCAUUCUUUUGUUGGUUUUUUUUUUUUCCUCAAAACAAAAG